AACAGUCCCGCCACAGCCUUGCCGACCAUGGUUGCCUACCCAACCAAGUCAGGCUGGUGUGAUUUAAGGAUGACCUACUGUAGGCAGCAGUGAGUCAUACCUCCUUUACUUCAUCAUCAACAUGGCGUGUGGUCACGGUUUCAUGCUAGCUUGUGGCUACGCGCCAGGCUUUUGGACGCGACUGGUGAAGACACGGUAUCAUGUGUCUUACAGCUUGCACAAGAAGGCUGAAAGCUGGUCACACAGGAUUGCGCAAAUUUUAGCGGUUGAAUGAGGCAAUGUGCUGAAUGUGUGGCACGCUAGAGGGCAUGUCUCGUCUGCCUGCGACGGAGAUGGUGAGGUCGCUCUCGUUGGUGUGUCAAGGUGACUCAGCCCGCAAACCAAGGCCUUGUCUUGCCGGAUCAACUCGGCAUCCGAUUUGGUGCGAGGCUAAUGGAGGGCGGGCAGCGCCGAUGAGUCGUCAGCAGGUCGGUCACUUGGCGCUUCUGGAAGGGGCGACGAUGGGAAGAUGCAGCCUGCAGCUGCAAACUCUGCUGAGGGCGUGGGAGGCGCGAACCAUGGUCAUCGCUUGCUCUGGAGAGAUGUUCAGAGCGGUCGCUGGUCGGAUGAAGAGAGCCGAGGCGAUUUGCAGAUGGACGCAUUUGGACUCGCUUUGGGGAAGAGGUCCGGCGUCAUCAGCCACUGCGGUGUGCGAGAGUGGAGCAGGGCAUAGCAGAGCAAGGCGGCGAUGUGUUGGCAGCAGUUCAUUGCUGCUUGCGCCUUUUGCGUCAUCAAUCACGAUGGGCUCGUGUGCGACGGGCGAUUGCCUUGAGCGAUUUUCAGCCAUGUUUGCAUCGCAUCGCAUCAUGGCAUGGACCAUCGGAUGCGCUGCAAAUGAAGGCGUCGCAUGCUGAGCAGC